GAACGGAUACGUCAUUUGUUAUUCGAGAAUCUAUAGAUGCGCUGGGUCUUUUAUAAGUGGCGACACUUUCUAUAUUGUAAUAUAUUUGAUAUUAGAUCUCGUCGGACCACUCACAAAUGCGGUUUAAUAAAUAUUUGUUCAUAUUUAAUCAAUAUUAAAAUACUGCAGCAAAGUGCAUCGCUAAACUAGAUAGUGGGCGUGUCUUUUAUACAUGGUCGCGUGUCUUUAUGCAUACCCAAUCUGAUUGGACGAAUCCUUCAAAAUAGGUUUCAAAAGAUCUGCGCGUGCGCAGUGCGGACUAGUGUGUCUCGGGGAGGAGACCAUGACAGUUUAAACCGUCGAAACAGGACACUUUUUUGAUAUCGACGUCAGGGUAACGUUAGAAGAUGCGGACGAGUGAGUUUGAUUCAUCGGAUGAAGACGAUUUCGGUGAGGAAGAAGCCACACCUCUCCAGAUCUCAUGGUUGUCUCUGUCAGUGGUCGAGUGUUCUCAGUCUCUUGGUAUAUGUUCCUUACCAGGAUGCAGAUAUAAAGAUAUCAGAAGAAACCUGCAGAAAGAUGUCGCUGAGUUUUGUGAUCAGGGUGUGGAGGACGUGUUUGUAUUCUGUACCAGAGGAGAGCUGAUGCGCUACAGAGUGCCUUGUCUAUUAGAAGCUUAUUCUCAGCGUGGGCUCAGGGUGCACCACCUCCCCUUCCCAGACGGAGGCGCGCCAGAGCUUUCUCAAUGCGGCUGCAUACUGGAAGAACUGCAGGGCUGCUUGCAGAAUCAACGCAGGACUGUCAUACACUGUUAUGGAGGCCUGGGACGAUCAGGAUUAAGCAAGUAUCAAACACUCGGACAGAGUGUAAUGUGCAUUGGUAAUGUUAAGAGUGUCCUGUGCGUGGUAUUGGAAUGUAAUUUGUGUCUCAUUGUCAUAGUUGCUGCAUGUUUGCUGCUGCAGCUCUCUGUCUCCAUGACGCCCAGUAAAGCAUUAGAAAUCCUGCGGGAACUGAGAGGGGGCGGAGCCAUUCAGACAGUCAAGCAAUAUAACUUCCUGCAUGAGUUUCGAGAAAAGUUUGAAGCAUAUCAAGCAGCAAAAGAAGCUCUUUCUGAAAGAUCAGUGUCCAGAUGAUCCAUCAGACAUCCAGGUGAUGGGAAAAGCAGAAAACACUGAUCGAUGGCUUUGCUCUGUGAUUUUCUCAUCAUGCAUUUGUUUCUUUUCUGGUGGCACUUUAAAACGUCUGUAUUUUUAUAAGUUGAUUUAAUAAUAAUAUUGAUCUUAAUAUAUAGCAUUGAGAUUAAAUGAGAACAAUUCACUUCAAUAUAUGACCCUAAUUUAAUUAAAUAAGAUACACGCCUGGCUUUGAAUACUACUGACUCGCAUCCAGAGUAAUGCUUAUUCUUAUCCCUGGGAAACUAUACACUUGAUACAUAAGAAACCCAGAAGCUUGCAUGAUGGAUGCCAGGUAUUGUGCCGUUUCUUAUGUGUUGUUUUGGACACCUAUUGUUUCAUGCCAAAGGUGUCUUUAGUAUGGAUACAAAACUACUCAACCAUCUGAAUCAUUAAUACAUUUUAUUAUUAAAGGAAAUGGAUUCUUCAGCAAGGUAGAGCAGAAUUAUACUGAUCCAAAUACACCUUUUUUUGUCUAUCUUAAAGCUUUUCAGACUCUGUUUAACAGAUUGAAAUCACACAAAAAAUGAGAAAAAAAAUGUUUGAUACAUGAAAUAUGUCCUUGAAAAGAAUCACUUUCAGAAAUGUGUAAUGGUGUUUUAAACUUUUGGAUGGUGUAUUGUAUUUUGUAAAAUAUCUCAAAAGGCAUAAUACAAAAUCGGAAUGAAAGAAACAACUGAAUGCAAACAAAAUGUAAAAUAAAAUGCUGAAUAACAGAUUUCAUUUUAUCGAGCAAUGUGUUUAAAUGGAAUUUAUUCAGUACUUCCAAACAUUUUAGAAAACACAUAUUUCAUAUG